GUUUAGCGGCGGCUCUCAAUAUAAGUAGACGGGCCCCUAUGCAAAGCCUCGUUCGUUCCGCGUCAUGGCCCCCAGUCUUUCCUGUCGUGUUUGCCUUGAUACCAAUCCCAUGUACCAAACCGCUCGAUGGCGAGUCGAUGUGGUAGGUAAUGAUAAAAUCGAGUAUACUCUUCCAUUCAACUUCCGGGAACUGAAAUCAUCAAGCCGCGCUUGUUCAUUUUGCUUUUUGAUAAAAAGAGGUGUGAAAGCUAUGCGGCGCGACGCUGCGUCGCUUCAUCGCAAGGGUCAUUGCAACUUAAUUGUCAAGCGCGGCCGGAUUAUCGUGCAAAAGUCUGCUCCUCUUGAGAUUGAAUUGAUUCGCGAUAAAGAUGGUGUUGGAGAAGAAGUGUUGUCAAGGCUUCAAUUGUUUGUGGCGGAUAAGGAUGAGGUUGGAGGAAUUUAUCUGAGGCCCACAAUUAGCGACUCUGGCAAUUUUGGCAUACUCGGGAUCGCCAGACACGUUCCUACCUUGAUUUCAACCAAGACGCAUAUCACACUCAUUAAUUCUUGGAUCAGCAACUGCCUUAAGAAUCACUCAUAUUGCGAUAUAGCUACAACAAGCCAGCUGCCCUCUAGACUUCUGGAUAUAUCUGGUAGUAAGGAUGUUGUUCGUUUGGUAGAGGUUGGGAAUCUCACAAGCAGCGUCAAUCGACCUUCCUACGCAACUUUAUCACAUUGCUGGGGCUCUAAUCGUAUCAUUCAAACCACAUCAUCUACUAUAACAUCUUUCUAUGGUGGAAUUAGAGCAACGGAUCUCCCAGCUACCUUUCAAGAUGCAAUAUCCGUAGUACGAGCUGUAGGAUUGAGAUUCAUAUGGAUCGACUCUCUUUGCAUUGUCCAGGACUCUCUGGAUGAUUGGAAGCAUGAAUCGAUUCUUAUGGCUUCAAUAUACUCCAAUUCUUAUGUGAACAUCGCGGCUACUGGUGCUGCUGAUAGUUCUAUGGGAUUUCUGGCACCUAGGAAUCCACUUCAUCGAUCUAUCCCCUUACUCGCAAGAUGCCUCCUGAAGCCAGAGACAGAAGAUAAGAGUAUAUUUGUUCGUCAUUCGCUCGAUGGACUCCAUCAAUUUUAUUCCACUCCGACGAUGUUGAGAAACAACACCACUGGUUCAUGGAGCAAAGAGAAGCAGGAGGCGCCAUUGUUAUCAAGAGCCUGGAUUUUCCAAGAACGAUAUUUAGCACCAAGAACCUUGCAUUUUUGCUCGUCAGAGCUAGUCAUGGAAUGCCGCAAAGAACUAAGAUGCGAAUGUACUGGACUUGAUUCUAUCGCAUCUAACCCUCUUCGCGACGUGCAAGAUAUUUCCUAUGAUAGUUGGCUUCGUGCCGUAGAGGAAUUCUCUAGGCUGAGGUUGAGCCACGAAAACGAUCGAUUGAGCGCAUUAUUAGGUAUUGCCAAGGUCUUCCACUCUAGAUUGAUGUCUACAUAUCUUCGAGGACUUUGGGUUGAAGAUCUUGCGAGGGGCUUACUGUGGGAUGUUACGAGGCAUGAAAACAUACAUAACAAUGCAAGUCCUAUUAGUUUGCCAACGAAGAGGCAGAAUAGAGAAGUUGCCCCAACGUGGUCAUGGGCUAGUAUGGUGAUGACAGAGGGGUUUGGAAUAGUCUUUCCAGCAGCCCACGAUGCAUCAUUUUCCAAAAGCCCACGAUUCUAUCCUUCAGAGCCAGCUUCACUAUUCACAAUGCCUCCAGGUACCUCAUCGUUCGAUAACUUCCUAGAAACGAAGACAGUUUCCGUCAAUAGUGAAUAUUUCUUCGCAACUGUUUUUCUACCAGAGACCGAGGAGAACAUAAUGCUUGUAUUUGACGCAGAUAUUGAGGGCAUGGUUUUCAUAUCUAUGUAUGAUAUGAAUUUGGAUAUUCCCUUCUAUUCGGGAGGUCUUCCUCAGGAGCAGAUCUGGGAAGUUUGCUGCUUGAUUCUAGGUUCAAUGACAGAGAAAAAUUACGAGUUAGACGAAGAAGCAGAGUUCUUGUGCACGCUUGUGGUUAGAUUCAACUCAGUCAUUGAUGCAUGGGAACGGAUCGGAGUACUUGAUGUUAGGAAAGAUGAUGCGAAUUAUUCAGGUAUAGAAGAACGGGAGUUUAACCUCAUGUGAAUACAAGCAUAGACAAAAAUCAAGUUGAUUAAGGAAAAAUAUGAUAAGUUUUAUAAUGUAAGUCAACAGGCUAUCUACUCGUACCCAAGUACAGAAAGGUGAAGAAAAAACACAAAGUGGGAAUCUAACAACCAACGCUCAAAAUUCUGUAAUGACAAAAGAAAAUAAUACACAAAACACUGCGCCA